AUGUUCGUUUUCGUGUUCGCAUCGUCGACGAAUUGUAGAACGACCAACCCGAGAGGACAACAUGUUGAUGGAGGUGCGACUAUUUGGGGCGGUGUAACUGGACUUCUGUUCUCAACUUUGAAAGGCAGUUGCUGCAUCACGAGACGCUCCGAACAAUUUUGGUUUUGGGCUAUGAUCCCUGGCGGCUUGCUCUUUCGGGCCUUUGCGUCGGAGUUGCUGGCGAAUCCUGUGGUGAAGAUGGACUGUAGACUAGCAGGGCUGAUGGAAUCGGCGGCGCCUUGGGGGGAAAUUACAACCUUGGACGGACGAAAGAGUGGAAAGUACAUUCUGGACGAAUCAUGUUGCUGUCGAUUGUUAGAGCCCCUUGUAUGGGCUAGAUGCCGAGCUGGAUUGAAGAUGAUGGAUGCCAUGGCGCCGUCCUUUGCCAAUUUCUUGACACGGCGUCUGCAUCGGACGCCGGCCCGUGGGGUGAGAGUUGACAUUGCUUUCAUGGAUAGGACAAAAUAUUGGGGCAGGGUCUUUGAUUCACGUCAUUGGACGAGCCGCAAGAGCCGUUGGAUGACGAUGGGCAGGCAGGCUCGGCAAAUGGGCAUGGGUGAGGCAUGGGCAGUCAUGACGCGGUCGUGGUUGUGGUUGUGGUCGUGGUCGAGAUGCGCCAUGCCGCAGGAAGGGUUCUUGGGUUCUCGAGCUGAGAUGGGGGGAUGGUGUCGAGGGAUUGGCUUCGAUGUGCAGAUGGUGACUAAAGAAAGUAAAGUGAGUGACGGACACAGAGAGCGUGAUGGACAUGUGAGACUCAAAUGGAGGUUGGUCUUGGCCUUGGUCUUGGUCUUGGUCCACUCUAUGCUUCGGAGACGGAGACGAGAUUGGCAUGGUUGGAGACAGGAGGAAUACUUGAGGCAUGUCGGAAGACGAUCCAUAUGUGGGAUAAUCAGACGGCUGAAUACUGCAACUUACGAGUUGAUGUGA